UCAGUUGUGCUUUGGGCGGUGGUGAGCCAAGACGCGCUCCCCUCUCGCGUCGCCCUCCCUCCCCUCCCCUCGCCGCCACUACCUGUUGAGUGUUUCAGAAGCCGGAGGAGGCUAGACCGAGCGAACGAGAACGAGAACGACGAGAAGAAAAAAAGAACGAGGAAAAAAGAAAUAGAGAAAAAAAAACAGACGUGGAAAAAGAUAAGCAGGGGAGGCGAGGCUGCUGGACUGAGUUGUGGCGCUGUGGUGGUGGUAGUGUGGUGGUGGUGGCGGCAACAGGGCAGGUGUGUCGGUGGUGUGGCCUGCAGGUGUGUGAUGCGCCAGUGACUUACCGUUAAUAGUCAGUCAAUCAGUCAGUCAGUCAGUCAGUCAGUCAGUCAGUCAGUCCAUCAGCCGGUCAGUCAGCCAUGAGCGGGACUUCCACGGCCAGUGAACAGGUCCAGCAGGCGGCAGGAGGAGCAGGAGGAGGCGCCGCAGCAGGAGGAGUGGCUGCAGCGGGGAUUGGUGGAGGAGGUGGUGGAGGAGGAGGCAGCAGCGCACCUCCGUCUGCUGUGGGAGCAGCAGCAGACGGAGGAGGCGCUGUAGGAGGAGGUACAGGCAGCACAGCCUCCGCCGUCUCCCUCUCUGCCGCCGCUCUUGCCCAGGAAGGUUCCGAUGGCUUAGGGGCACUGAAGGGGAGCAGUCCAGGCGGCUCCCCCUACCGAGGCUCUCCCCGGGGCGGCCCCACACUUACCCGAUCCCAGACGCUCGGGCCCAACGCCGCCUCCUCCCUGGACGAGAAGCGGGAGCGCCCCUCAGGACUCAGCAGAGUGUUCAACCCACCCAAGCUGGAAAGGAAACACUCGUCCGGCGACCUGCACUCCCGCCUCAAGACUCGCAAAAUCCUGGGCGUGGGCGAGACGGACAAUGGCGACAUCCACAGGUCCAAGAUCUCGCAGGUGCUGGGCCACAACGAGCACCUGUACGUGAAGCUGCCGCGCGGGUUCUGGUCCGCCCAUGUGGCCAUGGGCGUGGGAGUGACUCUGGAGGCGGGACUGCUGCUGCUGACGCCCGGCCUGGCCUCGCGCCUCGGCAUCAUGCCCUACGGAGACGAUGACGACGAUGAUGACGACGCCACGGCCUUGCGCGUCGCCGGGGCCGCCCUGGCUGGGUUGUGUGUGUUCGUGUGGUCUCUUCUGGGCACCUCCGACAAGCACUACGCCCGCACCAUGUUGCUCUCCAUGCUUACCUACCAGAUCCUCUCCAUCUGUGUCUCCGCCGGCGCCGCCCUCACACAGCAGGAGCCCACGCUGGUGCUGGAGGAGGAAGGCGGCGCAGCAGAGGGGCGUGACGAGGAGGAAAGCCUGCUGGGUAGUCGUCUAGCGUUGUGUGUUGGCCUGCGCGCGCUCAUGUGUCUGCUGUGUUUGGCCUACUUCUACUCGAUUGCUGGCUAUGCGCCCAUACGGGGAACGAAACCCACAGGCUUCCGUCAACCCAGCCACCUUCAGAAAGACCAGUGAGGGGGCGGCGGGGGCGGCGGUGGUGGCGGUGGUGAUGUGAGGGGUUGGUAGUUGGUAGGGACAUGGUAUUGUCUCUCCCCGCCGCCCCGCCUCCCCGUCUCCCCGUCUCCCCGCCCCGCCUCCCCGCUAGCCCCUCCUGAGGCACCCCUCCCAGCCCCCAAGCGAUACCGCCGAGGACUGAGCAAAGAGGGAGGAAGGGAGGAGGAAGGACGCUGGCAGCCAAGAUAGGACAGCCACCCCCCCCCCGCCAUCCCACGCACCCUCAUAAACACACACACACACACACACACACACACACACACACACACACACACACACACACAUGCACUUGCACACGCGGACAGUCAGUGACACGACACUCACCUGACGAAGGGAAAAGAAAGUGUUAUUUACCCGUGUCGCUUUAAAAGGACGCCACCACCACAUGUGUGUGUGUGUGUGUGUGUGUGUGUGUGUGUGUGUGUGUGUGUGUGUGUCAGAUAUCGGAGGCACACCAUCAAGAAAACAAAUAAUCAAAACAAGGAAAACAAAGCGAUGAGUAGAUGAUUGUGAUGGUGGUGGUGGCGGUGGUGGUGACAAAAGACUACAUACAUAUAGACCUACACACACACAAAACACACUACAACACCACAACAACACCCGAACCCAACCCAACCCAACCCAACCUAACCUAACCCAACCCCCAGCAAGUCCAGAACGGAAACUGAAUCAAACACCAAGCAUAAUUUCAGAAGGCGAAAGAAAAAAGAAACGAAGGAGGAAAAAGAGAAUAAUGAACGAUAAAAGGCGGAGACUCAUCCCUGCAUGUUACCACUUACCUGUGUGUUGGAGCGACCAGUAGGUGACUCUAUUGGUGUUGGUUGUCAGUGGUGUGUCCGUAGGUUUGUAUCAGCUGAGCGUGCGGUGUUGACUGAGGUGUUGCGCCGCCCCCCCUGCAGUAUCUGUGUGGGUGUGUAGUGGGUGUUUACAUUUGGAAAUUGUUAGGUCCUGUGCUUGCAGUGGGCACCCGCAGCAGUUGGCAGUACCUGUAGUAAAGGCUUAUUGGUGUCGUAGCGGUGUGUUUGUGUGUGUGUGUGUGUGUGUGUGUGUGUGUGUGUGUGUGUGUGUGUGUGUGUGUGUGUGUGUGUGUGUGUGUGUGUUUUGCUGCCAACCAACGUGUGCAUUUUUUCAAGUAAUCUCUAUGUAAAGUACUUGUGUGUGUGUGUGUGUGUGUGUGUGUGUGUGUGUGUGUGUGUGUGUGUGUG